UUCUCGCUCCGAAAAAGUUUGCCCUUACAGUUUUCUGGACAUGUGGUUUCUUCAACCUUGAGCUGUGUCCCCAUGUGUCCGGGCCAAGGCAAAGAACCCUUGACAUAGUGGUGAGAGUUACAUGCGUUACUGCUGUGCCACCAACAUCCUAAGGAUGAAAUACUGUAAUGUGAAUUCGGGAAAAAAAUCGAAACCGUCUCCAUUUUUUUUGGAAGGGGGGAGCAGAUUCCAAGGAUGGAGUACGUAAUGCGCAAUUUCCGGAAAAUUCUGAUAAAAUUUUCCCAGUACUACUGUACCCAGAAAAAUUCUGGGGAUGUGGGAUUUUUUCAGGUUUGAGAGUCAUCUUGUUACCCGGAAAUCUCUCAUUCCCGGAACAGCUCUGCACCAAUUGUUCCGGGUAACAGAAUAUCUCCACUAGCCGAAUCCUUCAAACCGGAACUCUCUGAUAGCUGGAAUUGAAAUUUUAUCGGAAAAUCGUUUCCAAAGCUGUAAUUUUGUGGAAUAUUAGGGCUUUGGGAACGAUUUUUUGAGGGGCACAUUUUCCAGAAAAUUCAAAACAAGUUUUCCCAAUACAGGGGUACCCGGAAAAUUCUGGGCAAUUUUUUUUUAUUUAUUUAUUUAAAUUUUUUUUCUCCAGGUUUUGAGAGGUGAAAAUUCGGUGCAUUUUCCAGAAAAAUUCGGAGAAAAAAUUGUUGGUGCCCAGAAAAUUCCGGGGAAGGGGGAUAUUCUUCUGGGUUCGAGAGAUGACGUAAUGAGCAAUUUUGAGAACUUCUGAGAACAUUUUUCAGUUACCCAGAAAAUUCCGGGGAUGAGGGAUUUUUUCCGGCUUUGAGAGAGUCGUCUCGUUACCCGGAAAUCUCUCAUUCCCAGAAGUGCUCGGCACCAGUUGUUGUGGCUAAUGGAGAUAUCACUAUUAGGAUCAGCUCGGACCAGGCAACAUUCCCUAAAACUCGCUGGGUUAAGGAGUUUUGCUUUAAGUAAAUUGUGUGGUUUGAAAGUAUUAUUUGUUAUAACUAAUUAUCAUAAUGUAACAUUAUAAAAUACUGUAUUGUGUUAUGUAUAAUAUUGUUCCUUUUGAGAGAGAAAGGGAGAUAGAGGCAGGACAUAAUAAUGAAGGAUUGCGGAGCUGAGCAGAAUUGCUGAUCCACAUGCUGUUGGUGUCCCUUAAGCAUCCACCAAUCAAAUGCGUUGGGGACUGGGUUUGUUUUUUCCAAUUUAAGUAGAACGGCUAUUUGUUUGUUAAUUAUGAUUGAGUUUGAGGAAUAUGUUUCUAUACUCAAGUUCAAACACUUUUAUAUUUCAUAGACCCAUAUUAAACAAAAUACAUACUGUUCAGAGUUAGGAUAUGGGUCCGUUAGGGCAUCUAUAAACAUUUAGUUGUCUUGGGCAUAAAUCUUGAAUCAAUGCAGAUUUGAUGAGAUCUGCAGUGAAUGUAUACGAUACUAUAUUUACAGUAGAUGGUAUGAGGCGCUCAGAACCAGAGUGGCAAAGCAACCAAAAUCAUGUUUUGCACUAGAUCCGUUUUAGGUCUCAUAAGGUAGGAAAUUUGGCUUAUUUUUAAGGUACCAGUAUGCUGUACAGUAUAGGACCCUUUAAAUUGGUUGGGUUUAAGUUAUAAAGAAAUAAAAAUUUUAUCAGCCACCACAUUCCAUAACCUGUAAUAAAAUAUAAAUAAUCAUUAUCAUUAAUGUAUGACAUUAUGAUGUAAAUACGCACCGACAAAGGAAAUAUUGAUACACGUGUGGCUGGUGCUGUGCUAUUACCUACGGCUGGUUGGCUAUGUUCACCUGUAGAUUCCUCAGUCAGGCUCCAUGGCUCAUUUGCAUUACAGUUUGUAAGAUAUGGAAACACUUCCUUUUCUGAAGGAAUCUGGCUCUAAUGCUAAGAUGAAGAUCCUCUCCCUUAUCAGCUGAUGUGGUAGAGAAACACGUUCAAACAAAACCAAUAAAAUCCAGGAGUUGGUUUGUCAUUCUGGCUCUGAACAUCUCAUAUGCAGAACUUUAAAUUCUGAUGACUGUCAAAAGACAGGUUCUUAAGGCUCAAAGAAUUAAUUUGCUAACAUGCUUUAUACAUGUAUGUUGCAGUACAUUAGUUGGGAACAUGUGAAGUAGUAAUGAAUAUGUAUGAUUUGUUGAAAAACUUUGAUUAUAACUUGAUACUACAGUAUAAGUACUUUUGUGUUUUCAAACAAGUUUUGAAAUUUCUUGUAAAAGAACCUGUUAUAGUAUUGUCAAAGAGAUUUUUUUUGUAUGUUCAUCCCCAUCACUUAUUACAGAUUUCUGGAGAGAGAAGUGUCACUGUACCAGAACACACCAUGGCUGAAAAUUUGAUGGGUUUGAAGUCUGAAGACAGAUUCAGUUCUACUGGGUCUUUAAAUACUAAGAAUAUAUAUAAACCGGCUUUAUCUGAGUACAUUACGAGUCCUCCUAGAUGGCCUAACUUAAACAGCAGUUCUUCAUCUGAGAAUUCAGAUAAUUUAUCAAGGAGAGACAAUAGUGACUUUGAGGACAGUGACAGUUCUAUAUAUAUGUCUAAAGGGCAUUGCUUCCCUAGUUGGCCUAUGGAUGAUUCCAGUUGUGGUACCUCUAGCUACUCUAUUGAUGAAGAUAGGUCAAUUUUGAAUGAAGAUUCAAUAUUUCUGGAUGAUGGUGAAGAAGAUGAUGAUGAUGAUGAUGAUGAUGAUGAUGAUGAUGAUGAUGAUUAUUACUCUCAGUCUGAGAAAUCUAAUUUGUCAGAGAGCAUUAAGGAAACCAUUCCCUUAACUAAUACAAGAAACACCAUGUCACAAAAGAAUAACCUAGAUAGCUUCAAAUCUGAAAUAAAUAACAAUAAAGUCGUAGAGUCUCCGUAUAUUGUCACCACUGCCCUUAUGUCUCAAGUCAGUGAAAAUACCAAAAUGUCUCCAGAUAAAAUGAGAGAGGAGAUAGAAAAUAAUGGUAUUGAAACAGAAGAGUCUAAAGGAAGGAGUAGAAUGUGGUGUUAUGCUAAAUCCAGGCUGGACAUAGAAAUUCAAAACUUAGAAGUAUAUAUUCAUAGUAUGGAGCUUCAUAUACCCAUGUUGAAAUCAUUGUUGGACAAUCUAAAAUCAUUGAAAACAUCUGGACAAAUGCAUAAAUUAGAACAAGCAGAUGAAAUUUUUUUUCUUCCAUAUGUGAAUGUUGCUCCACAUUCUACGAGAGAGAGAAAAAAAGCAGACAUAAGGCCUUUUGAUAAAAAGGGGAAAGAUUUAAAAAUUCAUCUAUUAGAACCAAAGACCUUCUUUGAUAAAAAUAUGCCAGAAACUGACAUCACCUUGAGCAUAAAGAAUGAGGAAAAUAUUAAGAAAGAGCAAGUCAGUAACCAGGACAGGUUAGAUUAUGGUGAGACUUCCAGUCUGAUAAAUAAAUGGCAGUUUGAUUAUCCUCAUAUCUGUUUAACUCCAUCAUGUGAGCAGUGUAGUGCAUUCUGCCAAGAAAAAAUUAGUCCUUCACAGUACAUUAGUGUUAACUCGGAGAAGCCACUUCAAGGAGAGGUUGAAACUCUGGGCUCAAAAGGUCAUGGCUGUUGUGUUAUGCCACCGGACAGUGUCCUUCAAAACACUAGAACUGUCAAGAAGGGAAAAAAAAAAAAAAAACAUUACUCCAAUCCUUGUGGAAAAUAUAAUGAUCAUCAAAAACGUUACUUCACAAUGCCUACAGGAAACAAAGGAAAGUGUUUUAAUAGAAGAUCAACCCAAAAAAGUUCCGUCAUUCCUGUACAACAAAAGUUUCGCUGCCAGCAAGAUGAACGUCCGAAUGAGCGACGUUUGUCAUUGAGGUCUUACAACAAGUCAUUUAACACAAGUACCCCGAAACCCAACAUUCAGGUUAAAGACCCUUCCAUAACUGAGCCCGACUUUAUAAAGAUUGUCAGUUCUCCGCGAUAUAAGUUGCGGACCCGUUCAAAACAACACUCACUGUGAAAAACUCAUUAAUGUGAUUCUGCCGAGCGCGAUCCAUAUUAGUGCCAUGAUGGAAGUGAGAUAUAUCGAGUGAAUAUCUUUUUUAUGUUUUCCUUUUCCUUUUAUGUAAUUUUAAUUUUCUAUUGAACUUUGGUCCAUUUUUUCUUGAUUAUAUAUUAAAUAGGAGGAAUAUACAGUUAUGUAAAAUGAAGUGUUGGAUAUAAGAUUAUAGUAUGUACAGUACUGUAUAUUAUAUUGAUAUGUGUAUUUGGUUUAAAAGUUCUUUUGUAUUUUAAGGGGAAUGGAAGAAAUAUCCGUCUUUGUACUUUCUUUGUAAUAUAAUAUAUAUAUAUAUAUAUACACACACACACACACACACACACACACACACACACACACACACACACACACACACACAUGUCCAGCAAUCCCGUGUUUUUCGCUGGAAUUACAUUCCUGAAACCCCUGCGAAAAGCCAAAACCACGAAUACUCUUUUAGGAAUCACUGUACCUGUGGCCACCAAACAGCUCAGGUAGGUCAUGCACUUAACCACACCAUACUCUCCACUAACGGCCCAGUGGUCACACUGAUCACUGAUGCACUGUACCGGCAUUUACCAACAUCAUUAUUUGAAACUAAUCAUAUUGUAGUAUAAUGAUGGAAAAACGUAAAUACAGUUACAAUAAAAAAAAAAUUAUUUACAAGUCAAUAAAUUUUUUUAUAUUUCGCUGAGGUCGGCAACACCUGCACUGCCAGCCUCUCUCUGCUGUCCUGGCGUCCGCCCGCCCUCUCGCAGUCACAGUAGCGAUCACAGUACAGUAGGCACGUGUGGACUGAUGCUUCUCGGGGCAGCGGGUGUCUUGAGGUGGGAAAGGGUGGCGUCUGUUUGCCGCACCUCACGGGAAUCUCGAAAAUGGCGCGAAAUUUAACUGAGUUAAUGGAGGAUUUCUUGUAUAAGUUAUGUUAUUAGAUUUUUAUUUAGUGCUGGAACAAUGUGGUCUAGUCAAUAACUUUAGCAUUCGUUUUAAGGGCACAAUCUUUAUUACUAUCACUACAGCAAAGUACUGUAAGAUGAAGUCAUUCUUGAAAAAGUUAUUAUAUUAAGUAGCAUUUUAUUAUCUGGAUAAAUUUAUAUUAGAUUUUUAUAUUCUAUCAUCAUGUGUUACAGUAUUUUUUAAUUAGCAAAACAAAUUUUUUAUGAUUUACAGUUCUGGCUGUUGCUGUUUUAGUAUAAAUUUGAGAUGACUAUAUCAUGGAAAUGUAUGUGAUUCAAUAUCUUGGCACUAGUUAUUGAGAUAUGAGACUAUGGCACUACAGAAGGGAAUGUUUCAUUAUAAGGAUUUAGGCUAGUACUGUUUUUUUAGUAUAGUGUUUAUAUGUCUAGUUUUACUAGGUUGGCUUCUAGAUCUUUUUAUCUUUUUUCUCAUUUAUAAUACUAGAUGGUGUAAGGAUCAUUUCCAAAUAAUAUAAUAGGCAUUUUACAUCUUUGUAUGAAUACAAUUUAAAUUACUGUAUCUAAAAAAAGAAAAGGUGAUUAGACUGACCUUUUAUUAUUAUUAUUAUUAUUAUUAUUAUUAUUUUUCUUGAUUCACUGUCUUGUAUGUGAUUCUCAGGGGCAUUGCUUUCACCGUAUACUGGUAUUCUUUCUUUUCUUUCCAUGUUUGUAAAGUUUUUCUCUUGCUAAUACCGGUCCAAAAAAAUCUCAUGUUCAUGAGGUUUAACGCACAGUUAUAUGGUGCUUGCUCUUUAUUCCAAAUUUGGUUUUCACAUGCCAGAUAACUAAAUGCUAAACACAUUAUACCUAUCUUAUUAAUAAAUAGUUGCCUGUUGCAUUUGAGAUCAAAGCUCAAAUUUUCUCUGGAUAUGUUGGUAGGUAUUAUGUGCUUGAGCAUAAUACUAUGGGCAUAAUACUGUACAUGUAACUUUUAAGGUAUGGUGAUUUAAAAAAAUUAUAUAUGUGAUAAAUCUUGGGACAUUUUUUUGUUGCAUAUUUUAUCCACACUUCUUACUAUAUAUUACUGUGCUGUAGUGUUUGAAAGAUUAUAACAAAUUCCUUUUUAGGUGACAGUGAUACAAACUUACAUGCAGUAUAUAUUUUUGUUAAUUGGUUGUCCAACAUUAGUCUAUGUGGAGAGGUGCAACAAGCUGUAUGUUUUAUUGAGAUAAUAUAUAGGUAGAUAGGUUACCUUCCUUAACUAUGUACAGUAUAGUGUGAAAAAAUGAAGCUUAAAAAUAUUUUCUUUUGAAUGUUAUACAUUUUAAAUACAAUAUUCAGAAUACACUGUACAUAUUAAAUGUUUCAUUUUAUAUUGUUUUUAAGUUCAGUAUAAAUGCAGUAGAACAUAUUUUGAAAACCUAAUUAGUUUCCCCUUUCUUUCUUGCUAACACCAUGCUGUGUAGAUUCUUCUUCAUUUACUUUCAUUUAUUUUAGUUGGUGUAAAAUAUUUGGUAAUUUUGUUCCUGUUCAAUAGCACCUUAAGAUAUGUCAUGAAACCCAGUGUCACGUAGAAACUACUUAAUAUGCUAUAAUAUCAUCAUUAUUAUUAUUGAAUGUGUGUGAUUGUGGUAAAAGUGAGAAUCUAAUUGAGUGUAUCAACUAGCAGCAAGUACAGUAAGGAUUCACGUUUAGAAUGAUCUGUUAUGAUGUGCUGUAUCUGUAAAGAUUUUAUUUUGCUCAUCUUUUUAAGACUUUGUGUAAUAAGUAGCAAAUAAAGGAUUGCAUUGUU